AUGGCUGACGUACAAUUAGCACCGCUCCGAACUUUAAAUGACUUUAUGAUGGAGUCGGCUCGAUUCCAGACUCCGAAUAUUAAAGACCCAGAAAAAUGGGCAAACAGGGUAUUGAAUAAUUUGCUUUACUACCAGACAAAUUAUUUCUUGACAGCGAUGAUUGUCUUUUUAUUGAUCGGGAUCAUUCACCCAGUGAAAAUGGCCUGUGGAUUUGUUGCGAUAGCCGUUGCUUUUGGAGCAUUUGUUUACUGUACCAAUAGCCAGUUCACAGCCCGCCGUUUUAAGCGGGAUCACCCACUCAUCAGCAUCCUCAUUGUCCUGGCGACAGGAUAUGUACUUGUGUACUUGAUUGGAGCUGUCAUUGUAUUCAUGUUCGGCAUAGCAUUCCCUUUGCUUUUAAUUCUGCUACAUGCAUCGCUACGUAUGAGGAAUGUCAAGAACAAGAUAACAAAUAAAAUGGAGUACAUAGGCCUAAAAAGGACACCAAUGGGGAUCAUUUUGGAAGGAUUAGGACAGGAACAGGAGGCAGGGUCCUAAACAGGAAGAAGUGUCCAGUAAGGAAGCAAGGUCCUCCCAAGGAAUUAGGUCCUUGACAGAACACCAACUGCUAUAUAGGAAGCUGAGUCCUUAAAAGGAAACUAGGUCCUACACAAGAAGUUAUGACCAUUCAAUAUGGCCACUUAAUAUUUUUCCUCGAAGUUUAUUUAACAUGUAAACUGUUUUGAUUAACAAAGUAAUAUUUGUAUGUAUAGAUAGAUACCCUGCCAUUCAAGGACAUGUUGUUUUAUCACUUCAUGUAAAGUAGCUAUAAAUUAGUAUUACAUUUACAUUUUACUGUUACUCUUCCUCUGAAUUGUUGAAUUAUUUUUUAUCUUUGUUGGUGAGGUGGUCAGGUUUAAGACAGAAAUAAUCAUAGGGUACCAGUUUGGAAUUUUUUGCACCAAAAAGUGAAUUGGUUUAUGCCUUCUUUCAGUUCCUUAUGUUCUCCAUGGCCUUAUAUGGUAAGCAUUCAUAUUGUUAUUUUUCAUUGUGUUUUUUGACGUGUUGGAAGGAUAAUAUUCUGUAUUCAAAAAGUUGGAAGUUAAGAAGUGAAUUUGUUUAUUACUAUGUAAUGUCUGAUCCUGAUUGGUGUGAGAGAUAUUGUCUUUCUUUCCAUUGGUAGACAAUUUAGAUAAAUCAAUUCAAAUUUACUGAAGAACAACAGUCCAGAGAAAUUUUUAUGUAAAUUGUUUUUUUCUCUUAGCUUGUGUAAACUUCUGCAAUUUAUGUCCCACAAGAAACAUAAAUAUAUUUUUUCUAGUAGUAUGGAGAGAUUCUUUAAUAUGUGGCUCUGUAUUUCCCUGUAUUAAGUGUUGUAACCCAAACCACUCCCACAUUGAUAUGAUUUUACAAGGUGAUAGAAGGUGGAAGGUGAUUUUGUAGACAUUUUAACAUUAGUUGAAAUAAAGAUAUUAUUGCUUAGUAUACAAACUCACAAUUUUUCAUACACAUUGCUAUGUUUGCUUUGAGCAUUGGUAUUAAGGUUCUAGUUUGGCAGGUUAAGCAGUAACUAGAUUCUUGUGACUUUGAGCAUAUGAUGCUAUUUAAUACAUUUAAUUUAUUUGUGAGGAAAAAUACUAUUAUAUUACAUGAACAUGCUUUGCAAAUUUUGUUCACAAUGCAUCGAAGGAGUGACUUAUUUGUAUAAUCAAACAAAUUACUUAAUUUGCAUGAUUUAUCAUGAAAGUUAUGACUUAAUUUGCAUAAUUUGAUUAUAAAUGGAGGGUAUACUAUUGAAUUAUACCUAUUUUUAGUAUAAACUGUGACAGUUGUAACAUAAAAUAGAUGUGUCAGAGUUGUCAAGAGUAUGAAAGUUAAAAAUGUCAUUUCUGAAGGAAGAUUUCUGGCUUAUAACAAAGUGAAGGUUUUCAGUGCUAGCAAAGUGAUGAUCAGGUUUUCAUAAUGAUAAUUUUAGCUAGAAUAUUGGUAUUCUCUUAGGAUAUGUAUUUAUGGAAAGAUUAUUAUAAAGGUUUGGAGUUUGGUGACUGUUAUCGUAUUUAAACUUUUGCUGGGGAUCAAACUUAAAGUCUCCAUCUUACUAGACUAACCUUUUGCCUAUUAAUCUAAAGAGAAAUUCUCAGAAGUAGGUAAAUGCCAGUAGAUGGAAGGAUUACAGUAUCAACAAUUCAUGAUUGUUAAUGAAUAAUAAAGUACAUUUUUACAUUUCUUCUGUAUGGACAAUGAUUUUAGGUCUGUAUCCAUCCAGGUUUCAUUCUGCUAGUAUUUUAGAUAAGAAUAAAGUUUAGCGUUAUCUUGGCUAUACGCUGAUUGCCAUAUGGCCAGCAACUGAUAAAAGUUGUCUUAACCAAAUGAAUUUUCAUUAAAAUUUCAAAGUAUGAUUUUUUCAAAAGUACACCAGACUGUCUUGAUUGAAUUUCAUAGGAGUUACAUACUAUUGUGUGAUUAAUUUUUAUAAAUGUAUAAAACCUAUCCAGAGUUUAAAUAUGUUCUUCUUUGGAUCAGUAUUGGAAUGUUGGUAGAGAACAAUUUUGUUUUAUAUCUGUAUAUGGCAGUUUUGUCUGGUGAUUUCCUAUAUGUUAUCAUAAUAAGAUGCAGAUGUUUUAUUGUCUAGUCAGCAUAUCAACAUGUCUUUUGUGGUAAUUAUUAUCGAGAUGGUCAAUAUAAUGAAAUGUACUUACAUUUGAAUAAUAGAUAUUCAAUUGAAAUUUAAUUGUCAUUUUGACACUGUUUCUUGAAAAUGAAAUAUUCAAAUUUUUUUCAAAUUUUAGGCUAAAGUUGCAAUGCACUCUUUCUCUUCACAUUAUCUGUUUUUUUCCUUACUAGUCUUUCCUCCACCCAUGCAAAAUGUUUUAUGAUUUCAAAACAAUGUCUCUUUUUUGCUCUGGAAUGAUAAUUUUAGGAAAAAAGAUAUCAAACAAAGCAAUAAGAGGUGAUUGUGUACUGAAAAUUAACAUUUUGAAUCAACAUUAGAUAAAUGUUUUAGAAACAUUGUAUUUAUAGUGGUAUUGUAUUCGCUUAGUUCUGCAAUAGAAACAUAUGGUGCUGGAAGAUACUCCUUACAUUUUGAUAGUUUUAGUUUAUCAUCAUAUACAUGUGUACUAUUACUUACAAAUGUAUAUUAAAACCUUAGUGAUGUUUUCUUUACAAAACAAGUUAUUUUCUUAUGUUGUGCAAUAUUCACAAAUUAGGCCGUUAUGUGUUAUGUUAUAUAGGUUACUUGAAGAAUGACAUUUUGGUUAUUAAUCCUGCUGGACUUUUACUUACAGACAUGGUUAUGGAAACUCGUCAAAAAGUGACACUUACUUACAUACAUAGUUAUCGAAACUUGUCAGAAAGCAAAAUGAGAUCAGGAAGUGCGGCCUUUUUUCAUAAGUGAUUGAUACUGUUUUUUACUCCUUACACAAAAAGCAGUGAAUAUAUGUCUCCUGGUAAUAAGGAGAAGCUCAGGCCCUGUAAUGGUGUCACAGUUUUCGUUUUGUAUAUUAUACAUGGUUUUGUAUAAAAUGUUUGUGAGACAGGAAGUGUCAAGAGAUCAGGAAUAUAGAAAUGAUUGGUGAUAUUGAUCAAUGAAGUUGGGGAUUGUUUAAUGUUUGCUUGUUUUGGCUUCAGCUUUGAUGAUGUCUGCCAGUUGUUUUCAAUAUUAUCAUUUGAUUUUCAUACACUGGACUUAUCACAGUUGAACAUGUGCUUUUGUGUAUGAUAUAAAUCAUUGUAGUUUUUUGGUUCGAAAAUUUGUGUUGUGAUAUACAAUGUAUGUAUUACAAGCUGAUGUUUGUUGAAAUUGCAGUGAAUCUCAGUUAAUAUGUCAUUCAAUGGCUUUAUUUAACAUACUAUACGUAGGGAGAUUUUCAAGCUCCUUACCAUUACAAAAUUAAAAAAGCAACAACAAAGUUUGAGACAAGUUUCAUAAAAUUUCAUAUCAAAUGGAAAGCAAUUGAAAAUGCUUUUUAUCAGAUACUUCAGAAAAUCACAGGAAUUUGGUUUUAAAGGAAAAGUGAGGACAUAAAAUAGAGGCAACCAUUUUGUUGCAACAUUUGUCAAUUCAUGAUGCAAUGUCAUCUUUCCAUAUUAUGACAUUACAAUUGAUUUCAAACUGUUGCAGCCAAUGAAAAUUGUUUAGGUGAAAUAAUUUGAUAACAGGGAGAUAAUUUGAUAAAAAAAAAUGUACAGAUUUUUAAGUAAAUAAAGAGCAAUGCAGUCUGUCAAUAUACUUCAGUAACUGUUUUUUAAAAUUUUACGUACAAAUUUCCAGCACCAGAGACAAAAUUUCACCUGAUAAAUCCCAUUCAUUAUAAGGACAAUUCCAGUAAAAUAUCUAUUUUACCUCAGGACUCCAAAAUUUAUACUUCUCUCUGUGGUCCAGUUUUCAGUCUAUUACUUUGAAGCAAAUUCUAUGGGUGUUACUCAUAAACAAACUCUGGACUCCUGAGGUAGGAUAGAUAGAAUAGCCCAUGAUGUUUUCCAGGGGUGCAGAGAGCAAAAAGUGAUCACAAUCCCUGGAGUAUUGAAGAUGGCCUUUGGCACUCACUGUCCAUUUUGGGUCUACAUCUCCCAUCCCCUAUAAGGACAUGCUAUCCUUUUUGUAAUAAAGAUUACUAAGUAAAUCUAGCCGUGCAGGGAUUUUGAAUGAGGUUUGGUUUUAUAAUCUACGCAGUAUUUGUGUCUGUAUUGUUAUUUACAUUAAGAAAUCCUUAGUUCGCAUGUGUAUUUUUUUUUUCAUUUAAUGAAUUAUUGUUUUGACUUAUUUGCUAUGGGACCCAGUAUUGUUGUAAUUCAUUACAUCCUUUGUGAAGGGAGGUAACCAAAUGCCCUUCUUUGGAUAUUUGCAACUUGCAACUAAUGAUUGAGAUCUGACCAGUGUUGUAGUGAUGUUGAGCUGUGAACAAUUAGAGGUGAUGGGAUUUAAAUGUAUCAUAUUUAAGUAUAUACCAGGUACAUUGGUUCUCUUCUGAACCCAUUUUUCUUGCCAAAGAUGUAAUUUGUCUGGUUGAUGUUUCAUUUUUGAUCGAUCUUGUUAAAUGUCCCUCAGAGUAUCUUGUGAUACCGUUCCAUUAAACCAUAUUAGUUGUGAAGCUGCUCAUUAGAGUUCAUACUCAUUAAAAGUUCCCAAACUGAAACUCCAGUCUCCUGUGUAAAUACAGCCUAAAAAGUUUUUUAAUUGUCCUAAAGUUUAGCAAAACUUAAAAAGCCAGUUUUCAAAGGUCUUAUGACACAUUGUACUCAUCGUCUAACAAAACUUGACAUGAAUGUGUCAUAUGUGGAUGAAUAAUGUAAAAAGUAUGUAAUCGCUAAUAAAUUAUACAAUACCAG